AUGCUGCACACGGUCAUCAAUACUCACACCGUGAAAUUCCAGAGGAAAGUUCUGUGGACCGACUCGCAAACUGUGCGCAGUUGGAUCCGCUCCGAUCAACACAAUUUCAAGCAAUUCGUUGCAUUUCGGAUAGGAGAGAUAUUGGAGUUGACCAGACUGGAAGACUGGCGGUGGGUUCCGUCGAAGCUGAACGCAGCAGAUGUUCUGACGAAGUGGGGACAAGGUCCUCCAUUGGACAGCAAUGGUUCCUGGUUCUCCGGUCCCGAUUUUCUGCAUCUGCCUGAGGAAACGUGGCCGGUUCAAAAGAAUCCAGUCGAAGAAACGGAAGAGGAGGCACGGACUUUCGUAUUGCAUCACGACGUGGCACCAAUGGAAGGCGUUAUCAACAGCAAAAGGUUCUCGCGGUGGACGACGAUGCUUCGAAGCACGGCAACAGUAUUGCGUUUCGUGGACAAUUGUAGGAGGAAGGUGGACGGCCGGCCGUUGUUAACGUUCAAGGCCACGUCGAAGCAGGAGAAAGUGAUCAGGGCGAAAAUGUCAGCAUUGCAUCGACCGCUGUUACAAGAAGAGCUGGCGAGAGCAGAAAUUGUGCUGUGGAAGCUGGUACAGAGCGAGAGUUUUCCUGAUGAAACGACGGUGCUGGUGAAAAACAGAAACAGAAGAGCUGACCAGGUUCCGAUCAGGAUUGAGAAAAAUAGCAUUCUGUAUAAGCUGACACCAAUGUUGGAUGAAAAUGGCGUCGUUAGGCUAGGUGGUAGGAUGAAAGCGUCGGAGAAACUUCCGUUCGACAAGAAGUACCCUAUCAUUCUUAGCCGAAAUCACGACAUCACUCAAAAACUGAUCCAACAUUACCACGAGAAGUAUGCCCACGGAAACCGGGAGACAGUUUUUAACGAAAUGCGGCAGAAGUUUCACAUUCCAAAUCUCCGCUCCGCGAUUGGCCAGGUGGUGCGAGGAUGUAUGAGGUGUAUGGUGUCGCGCAGUCGUCCACAAGUUCCGUUGAUGGCUCCGCUACCAGUUCAACGAAUUUCUCCACAACUACGUCCGUUCAAUGCCGUAGGAGUAGACUACCUGGGACCGGUCGAGGUUACGGUUGGUCACAGGAGAAUUGAGAAACGGUGGAUAGCAUUAUUCACGUGCUUGACUAUACGAGCUGUGCAUUUGGAGGUGGUACACUCGCUGUCGUCGCAAUCCUGCUUGAUGGCAAUCAGGCGAUUCAUGAACAAGUUCGGUUGUCCAGACGAGUUCUUCUCCGAUAACGGAACCAAUUUCAAAGGAGCGAGUAAGGUGCUGUUGGAAGAGCUGAAGCAGUUGGAGAUUGAGUGUGCUGAAGGAGUAACCAGUGCCACUACAAAGUGGCAUUUCAAUCCGCCCGGAGCGCCGCACAUGGGCGGCAUCUGGGAACGUAUGGUUCGAUCCGUCAUGGAGACGAUGGCGGCUCUGUGUGAUGGGAGGAAACUUUCCGAUGAGAUCCUGCUGACAACGUUGAGCGAAGUGGAGGAUAUCAUCAACAUGCGGCCGUUGACCUACAUGCCGCAGGAGUCGGCGGAGCCGGAAGCCCUAACGCCCAAUCAUUUCUCGCGUGGAACGGUUCUUAGCGCAGACGUCCGGCUAGCUGGUCGGGUGAACGAAGCGGAAGCACUUAGGGAUGCGUACAAGCGGUCCCUACACUUAGCAGAUAACAUGUGGGAGCGGUGGUCGAAGGAAUACCUGCCCACGAUAAAUCAACGCUCGAGGUGGUUUGAAGAUCAAUAG